GGCGAUUCUCAAUCUGCUUUACUGUCAUUCAUGCCUCCGUACUAGUUAGUCGCUACCAGUGUAGAUGCUGUAGUUUCGGUACAGUCUUGCAUCAUUCUUGAGCGCAACAUGAGCGCCAAUCCGUCAAUCUCUUAUUUACAUGAUGAAGUUGAUGACAGUGACAAGAAAUGCUUGUGGGUUUUCGCAUAUGGCUCCCUGUGCUGGAAACCGGGAAUCAAAUACAAAAAAUCAGUGAAAGGGCACAUAUCCGGUUAUUCACGGAAGUUUUGGCAAGGCAACACAACACACAGAGGGACAGACGAGAACCCAGGCAGGGUGGCCACACUGAUCGAAGAAAGUGAGGGUAGCGUUCAUGGCAUAGCCUUUGCGAUCAGUGAGGAGACCGCCAUACCUUAUUUGAACAAGCGCGAAUGCGAAAUGGGAGGUUAUGUCACCCGUUUUGCCAAAUUCCACUCGGACAAGGGUCAGUCGUUUCAAGUAUUGCUUUACAUAGCCACCAGCGCGAAUCCACACUGGAUGGGAGACGCCAGCGUAUCAGAGAUCGCCGGACAGAUAGUGGACUGCAAGGGACAAAGUGGACACAACGUGGAGUAUUUGAUCAGAUUGGCGGACUUCACAAGGCAACAUUUUCCCUUGUACGACGACCGUCAUUUGUUCAGCUUGGAGAAGGAGGUGCUGAAAGAGCUGAAGGCCAGGAAUAUCUACGUUUCGAACCUCAUGGGGACUGGAGAAGGCUGUGUGACGUUUAUCAAAAAGGACACGGCAAAUCCUUCUGGUUCCCGGGAUGGACAGCCUGCUAGAUUCGAGUCCUUCCAGCAUGCAGCCAAAAUCCCGGGAAAGACUUUGCGCUGUUUGAACCUGUGAUCUUAUAAUUCUAUUUAACGUAUAUCCUAAUCCUAUUGUUGAAGAACAAUGUGUACCCCAAUAGCUUUAUUUUUUUGUUUGUUAUUAUCAAGCGAAGUAUGAAAAAUAUUAUAUAACUAUAUCGAUCUUAUUUACGAAUUUAUAACAUGAAUAAAGUAGUUUUUAUAUUAAA